GCCUUGAUAUCCUAAUAUAUCUGGGCGUGGGCGAAAAAAUACGGUGCAUCUCUUCCUCUCCAGCAAUGACUACGGUUACCGUCGCUUCCAAUACUAUGGCUGAUGAGUUGUGGCGUGAUUGCGCGGCCUGGCUGACCCGCUGCAACAUCAUUCCGAAUGACCACCGUGCUAAUCACCCGGAUUCGGACAUCAAGGUGCUCGCUACCAUCCUUCGCGAUGGGGUGCUGCUGUGUAAUUUAGUCAAUCUCUUUGAUCCAUCAUCAUUCGAUAGGAAAGAUUUCAACCGGAAGCCCCAGAUGGCUCACUUUCUUUGCAUACAAAACAUAAAACUGUUCCUAGAAGCAUGCAAAACAAACUUCGGGCUGAAGGAAGCGGAUCUAUUCGAGCCGACGAUGCUGUACGACCUAACAAACUUUCAUCGGGUGCUUUUAACUCUCUCUAAAUUGUCUACAUGCAGGAAAGUGCAAACUAUGCACAAUAUACCUGGUUUCGCUCCACACUCUGUGCAGACGGAGAGAACUAGCUUAGAUGAUGAUAUCUACAAAGAUCUACAUGCAAGUACAUCAAAUCCAGUAGAAUAUUGCAGUCACGAUGAGCAUGAUAUGAAAGUAGAAGAAGUCUAUCAGGAUUUAUGCUCGAUACAGAAUGCUUCGCGAAAUCAGUUAGCGUCAUCGAGCAACAACUUGGAGCAGCGUGAUUUUGUAAUUAAGGAACUGCUCGAUACGGAGAAAAAUUAUCUGGAAGCCUUAAAUGCAUUAAAAUACGUCUUUAUGCAGCCUCUAGAGAAACUGCUUUCCAAAGAAGAGAUACGCGCAAUUUUUCCAUGCAUCAGGGAGCUGGUAGAAAUUCAUAACAAAUUUCUGGACCGUCUGCAUGAGGCUGUCUGUCCGGGAUCCAAGCUCAAACUAAGCACAACGUUCCUCGAAUUCAGAGAACCAUUUUUAAUUUAUGGCGAAUAUUGUUCCAGUAUGACCAGCGCGGUCGAAACACUGCGAGAAGUGUGUAAAAAAUCUAACACAGUCGAACAGACCGUUUUGCAAAGCCAAAAAGAACAUAGCGAUGGAAGGUUGCAGCUACGAGACAUAUUGUCUGUUCCAAUGCAACGAAUUUUAAAGUAUCAUUUAUUGUUAGACAAGCUUGUACAAGAAACAGUGCCAACACAUGAAGAUUUUCGAGGACUAGAAAGGGCCAAAGAAGCGAUGGUUGAUGUUGCACAGUAUUCGAAUGAAGUAAAGCGUGACUCGGAACAUCUUAUAGUAAUACAAAAAGUUAAGGAAAGUAUUUCAGAUCUGAAUCUACCUAACGGCAACAAUCUCGAACAGUACGGACGAUUGCUUCUCGACGGCGACCUGAACAUAAAAGCGCACGAAGAUCAGAAAAUGAAACAUCGAUAUGCUUUCGUGUUCGAGAAAGUGAUGAUACUGGUGAAAAAUUCGAAUACAAAGAUAGGGGAAUCACAGUAUUCUUUCCGAGAGGCACACAAUUUGCUUGAUUAUAGGAUAGAAAUACUAAACUCUCGCCGUACCUUGGGUCGCGAUGGACGUUUAAAGUAUUCUCUACUAUUAGCACGCAAAACCCAAGCUACUGCAUUUACACUUUAUAUGAAAACAGAAGAAGAACGAGAAAAAUGGAAAAGAGCUUUCGAAACAGCAAUGGAAACUUUGGAACCCGUGGGAUGUAAGAAUACCGAUCACAAAUUUGUCAUACAUACCUUCGAUACCCCCGUCAUCUGUCGCCAUUGCUCCAAGUUCUUGAAAGGAAAAAUACACCAAGGCUAUCGUUGCAAGGUUUGCGAAAUAAUAGUACACCGUGGUUGUAUUUCAUCCACUGGUCGUUGCAAACAGUUGCAACAAACACCGCCCCCGGUAUGUGAUCGCCUGCUUUCGGAGUUUAAUUGGUUCGUUGGUACUAUGAAUCGGGAUUCAGCAACCCAGCGGUUAGAAAACAAAAAGAUUGGAACCUAUUUGCUACGCGUCCGUCCGCAAGGUGCCUCCCAUGAAAGUGAAACCAUAUAUGCGCUUAGUCUAAAAACUGACAAGAAAAUAAUUAAACACAUGAAAAUUUAUCAGAAGAAAGAACCUCAGAACGUGUUUUACUAUCUCUCAACAAGGAGAUAUUUUAAAACCAUAAUUGAGCUGGUUUCGUUUUACGAACGAAACGAUUUGGGUGAAAAUUUUGCUGGUUUGAACCAACUGCUCCAAUGGCCUUUCAAGGAGGAAAUCGUUAUAGCCAUUUACGAUUUUGCACCCAAUGAGCUUAACCAACUACCGAUGCGACAAGGUUGUCAGGUGAUCGUAAUCGGAAAAGAAGGAGACAGUAAAGGCUGGUGGCGUGGCAAAACUUUGGAAAAGGUUGGAUUUUUCCCCAAAGAAUAUGUGCGACCUGCAGUAAUUGGUGAGGUAUAAACGACCUAUAGCAAAGCAAGUAUCAUCGCAAAUGUA